AUGAUAAAGCCUAGAAUCCUGAAAGACUCCUCCCCGCGUGAGUCAUCGGCCCGGGGAGGCUUAGGCAGCGGCUCCGGGUCGGUGGCCCCAGGACGCAGGAGCGGGCGAUGGGGCCGAGCCGGGCCGCAGGGUCCCCCGCGCCCCGGGCCCCGGCGCCCGCCGCCGCCGCUGCUGCCGCUGCUGCUGCUGCUGCUGCCGCCGCCGCCCCGGGCCGGGGGCUUCAACCUGGACGCGGAGGCCCCGGCCGUGCUGCCCGGGCCCCCCGGCUCCCACUUCGGCUUCUCGGUGGAGUUCUACCGGCCGGGCGCCGACGGGGUCAGCGUGCUGGUGGGGGCGCCCAAGGCGAACACCAGCCAGCCGGGCGUGCUGCAGGGCGGUGCUGUCUACCUCUGUCCCUGGAGCGCCAGCCAGGUGCCGCCGUGCUCCCCGAUCGAAUUUGACAGCAAAGGCUCCCGGGUCCUGGAGUCCUCGCUGACCAGCCCGGAGGGGGCGGAGCCCGUGGAGUACAAGUCCUUGCAGUGGUUCGGGGCCACCGUGCGGGCCCACGGCUCGUCCAUCUUGGCCUGUGCCCCCCUGUACAGCUGGCGCACGGAAAAGGACCCGCUGAUCGACCCGGUGGGCACCUGCUACCUCUCCACCGACAACUUCACUCGCAUCCUGGAGUACGCGCCCUGCCGCUCGGAUUUCAGCUGGGUGGCCGGACAGGGGUACUGCCAAGGAGGCUUCAGCGCCGAGUUCACGAAGACUGGCCGGGUGGUGCUGGGCGGACCAGGAAGCUACUUCUGGCAAGGCCAGAUCCUGUCCGCGACUCAGGAGCAGAUAGCAGAGUCCUACUACCCCGAGUACCUCAUCAACCUGGUCCAGGGGCAGCUGCAGACGCGCCAGGCUAGUUCCAUCUACGAUGACAGCUACCUGGGAUACUCUGUGGCCGUGGGCGAGUUCAGUGGUGAUGACACGGAAGACUUCGUGGCUGGCGUGCCCAAGGGGAACCUGACUUACGGUUAUGUCACCAUCCUCAAUGGCUCCGACGUCCGAUCCCUCUACAAUUUCUCAGGGGAACAGAUGGCCUCCUACUUCGGCUAUGCAGUGGCUGCCAGCGACAUCAAUGGUGACGGACUGGAUGACCUCCUGGUGGGGGCCCCCCUGCUCAUGGAGCGGACGGCAGACGGGCGGCCUCAGGAGGUGGGCCGGGUGUACGUGUAUCUGCAGCGCCCGGGCGGCAUGGAGCCCACGCCCGCCCUCACCCUCACUGGCCGCGAUGCCUUUGGCCGAUUUGGCAGCUCUCUGACCCCUCUGGGGGACCUGGACCAGGACGGUUACAACGAUGUGGCCGUCGGGGCCCCCUUUGGUGGGGAGAGCCAGCAAGGAGUGGUGUUUGUGUUCCCUGGGGGCCCCCGGGGGCUGGGCUCCAAGCCUUCCCAGGUGCUGCUGCCUCUGUGGACAGCCGGCCACAGCCCGGACUUCUUCGGCUCUGCCCUUCGAGGAGGCCGGGACCUGGACGGCAACGGAUACCCGGAUCUGAUCGUGGGGUCCUUCGGCGUGGACAAGGCUGUGGUCUACAGGGGCCGCCCCAUCGUGUCCACGAGUGCCUCGCUCACCGUCUUCCCUGCCAUGUUCAACCCCGAGGAACGCAGCUGCAGCUUGGAGGGGAACCCGGUGGCCUGCAUCAACCUCAGCUUCUGCCUCAACGCUUCCGGGAAGCACGUGCCCGACACUAUCGGCUUCACGGUGGAGCUGCAGCUGGACUGGCAGAAGCAGAAGGGAGGCGUUCGGCGGGCGCUGUUCCUCGCCUCCAGGCAGGCCACCCUGAUUCAGACGCUGCUCAUCCAGAACGGGGCCUGGGAGGAGUGCCGGGAGAUGAAGAUCUUCCUCAGGAACGAGUCCGAGUUCCGAGACAAACUCUCCCCGAUUCACAUUGCCCUCAACUUCUCCCUGGACCCCCGAGCGCCCGCCGACAGCCACGGCCUGCGGCCCGUCUUGCAUUACCAGAGCCAGAGCCGGAUAGAGAAGAAGGCUCAGAUCUUGCUCGACUGCGGCGAAGACAACAUCUGCGUCCCAGACCUGCAGCUGGAAGUGUUUGGGGAGCAGACCCGCGUGUACUUGGGCGACAAGAAUUCUCUGAACCUGACUUUCCAUGCCCAGAACGUGGGUGAGGGCGGCGCCUACGAGGCUGAACUCCGGGUCACCGCACCCCCGGAGGCUGAGUACUCCGGGCUCGUCAGAAACCCAGGGAACUUCUCCAGCCUGAGCUGCGACUACUCCGCGGUGAACCAGAGCCGCCUGCUGGUGUGCGACUUGGGCAACCCCAUGAAGGCGGGCGCCAGCAUCUGGGGUGGCCUUCGGUUCACAGUCCCGCAUCUCCGGGACACGAAGAAAACCAUCCAGUUUGACUUCCAGAUUCUCAGCAAGAAUCUCAACAACUCCCAGAGCGACGUGGUGUCCUUCCGGCUGUCCGUGGAAGCGCAGGCGUUGGUGUCCCUGAAUGGUGUGUCCAAGCCCGAGGCCGUGCUCUUCCCGAUGACAGACUGGCACCCCCGGGACAGGCCGCAGGAGGAGGGCGACGUGGGCCCCGCGGUCCACCACGUCUAUGAGCUCAUCAACCUGGGCCCCAGCUCCAUCAGCCACGGCGUACUGGAGCUCAGCUGCCCCCACGAGCUGGACGAUCUCCCACUCCUCUACUUGACCAGGGUCACCGGGCUCAGCAACUGCACCACCAGCCACCCGCCCAACCGACAGGGCCUGAAGUUGGACCCCGAGGGCUCCCAGCCCCACCAGCUGCACCGGCGGGAAGCCCCUGGCAGAAGCCCGACCUCUGCGGGACCUCAGAUCUUGAAAUGCCCAGAGGCCAAGUGUUUCAAGCUGGCCUGUGAGCUCGGGCCCCUGCACCGGCAAGAGAGCCGGAGUCUACGGCUGCAUUUCCGAGUCUGGGCCAAAACCUUCCUGCAGAGGCAACACCAGCCCUUCAGCCUGCAGUGCGAGGCCGUGUACGAGGCCCUGAAGAUGCCCUACCGGAUCCUGCCUCGACAGCUUCCCCGGAAGGAGCUGCAGGUGGCCACCGCCGUGCAGUGGACCAAGGCCGAGGGCAGCCAGGGAGUCCCGCUGUGGAUCAUCAUCCUCGCCAUCCUCUUCGGCCUCCUCCUCCUGGGUCUGCUUAUCUACAUCCUCUACAAGCUCGGAUUCUUCAAACGCUCCCUCCCGUACGGCACCGCCAUGGAGAAGGCCCAGCUGAAGCCUCCGGCCACCUCUGACGCCUGAGUCCUUCCCAUCCCAGACUCCCGAUCCUGAAGGCCCAACUCCCCGGCCCCGUCUGCGGACAGGGAGCGGGAUGGGCGCUUUCUGAAGGUGCUGAGGGCCGGGAGACGCUCCUCUCCCCAGCCCAGAGACAUACUUGAAGGGCCAGCGCCGGGGGGGUGCGGAGGAGCUGGGGUCCCCUCCCCCAAGCACUGUGAAGGACCCUUGUUUACACACGCCCUCCUCGAGGAUGGGGGAGCUCCGAUCCAGGGACCGCAGCCCCAGCCUCCCCGCAGCCUCUGCGUUCUGGAAAGAGUUUCCUGAAAACAACUUGGAACCUUCCUUCCUUCCUUCCCUGGGGAACCUAAUCCCGGAUCUCUGGGCCCCGACGUGCCACCAGGACUUCCUGCCUCGCUCCAGCCUGCGGAGAGCAGCCAGAGACGCCUACGAAGCUCCCAGCUAAGGCCCCGGGCCCUGGGCCGUGAGACCCGGCAGCUGUGGCCAGGCCGUGCCCUACAGGCCGACAAGGAAGCAUCCGAGGCAGAUGCCGCGCUCAGGACCGAGCCCAGACAAGGGUCACUGCUGGCCCAGAGCCAGCCCGGAGGGGCAUCAGGACGCUCAGGAGGCUACGCGGAGCCUGGGACCGGGCGUGGAACUGAGAUCCAGACUCAGGCCCGGGAACAGAAGCGGGCAGUUUCCAGAGAACACUUGAACCUGCUCCCGCCCCAGGCCCAGGGCCCCCUUCGUCCCUGCCUCCGGGGGAGCCGGGUUUGCCCAGGACCCCACCAGGGCGAUGACGGCCACAGAUCUGGAACCUCAGCGUGGCCAGGCGCUGGCCUUCCCGGGUCCCCGGACAGAGGGAAGCCCGCUGCCCUGGGCCUCGGGGCUGGGGUCUGCCACCGUGCACUGAUGCUGCCCCUACUCCCACCGUCCGACCCUCCCCUCCCCUUGGCUCCGGAUUUUCGGGACUUAUUUAAACUCUGUUGCAAGUGCAAUAAACCCAGCCCGGUGCCCCCACUGACCAGAGCUGGCGUCUGGG